AUGUUGACGUCGAUAACGGAAUACGCGGCAGUAGCAUCUGAGUUGGACCGGAAGCUGGGACUGGACUUGUGGAAGAAGGACGUCAAGAGUCACGGCUACGACUUCCACCGCGUGCAGCUCUGGAGCAAGGCGCUAUCUGUAUAUCUGGAGUCGAACGCGCUAGACCGCCUCUGCGAGGUCCUGCUGCAGUCACAGAAGAGCAAUCAUGGCGGGACUCUAAGCACGGCCGUCUACAGCUACACCUACUGGAACACCAAGGACUGCAUCAUUCAGUACCACAGACAACUCAUCAAGUAA